ACUUCCCAGCGCUACCUGCCUCCGCCCCUAAAGCGCGCCCCCGACGAGGAAUCGCUCGCGAGCGCGCCUCGUGAGCGCGCACAGGCACGUGGGCCCGCCACAGCCAACCAGAGGCCGGGGAUUUGGGGGGCGAAGCGCGCUCUCGCGGGCAGUUGCGGCGGGAGAGACGCGGGAGCUGAGAACGUGACUGUGCCCCCUCCGCGCUCCCGCCAGGCCGGACCGUCCGACGCCGCCAUGUCCGAGGAGAAGCCCAAGGAAGGAGUAAAAACAGAGAAUGAUCAUAUCAAUCUAAAAGUCGCUGGCCAGGAUGGAUCCGUGGUGCAGUUCAAAAUAAAAAGGCAUACACCCCUAAACAAACUAAUGAAGGCUUAUUGUGAGAGACAGGGUUUGUCAAUGAGACAGAUUAGAUUCAGAUUUGAUGGACAACCAAUUAAUGAAACUGACACGCCUGCACAGCUGGAGAUGGAAGAUGAAGAUACUAUUGAUGUGUUUCAACAGCAGACAGGUGGAGUAUGUUAAACAUGCUGUCCUUUUGGGAAGAGGAAUUUAAAGACCCUUGUCACACCUCACUUUCUCAUCUGUCCUUGGAUUUGCUAUUAAAUAGUAAUGAAUGAACAUGCCAAUCACACAGGAUUCUUCUAAAACUUUAGAGGACAUUUACCAAAAUUGUUCUGCUCUCCCUCUGACAUACUGCGUGUGCAAGUCAAAACUGUAUCUGCAGGGAUUAACCUACAUCUUAAAUUGGGCCAAAUGGAAUUAAACUGAAAAGUUUAAGUAAAAUAUGAGUUGUCUGUCUGCUGUUACCUUGUUUAUAUAAACUUGUGGCCUAAGUAUCCCCCUAUAUUCUAGGACACAGAUUGUUCAUUCCUGGCUCUUAUUAAUUAUUGCCCCACUGCAUAAUUCUAAUCAUGUAAAUAUAUCCUCAUUUCAGUAGUGAGUUUAAAAUCUCCUCUUACAAUCGGGCAAGUGAAGGGAAGGAAAGGUUAUUGAUUUAAAAGUUUUUACUAUGUGUUGUAAACACAGUUAUUAUUGUAAAACUCAAAAUCUAUGAUACAAGGACUGUACGUGCAGAUAUGAGGCUUAGUAUAGAGUAAGUGUUUAAAUAUUGCAAAUGUACAUGUGCUUUGUCAUAAUCUGAUAAAAUAGAUUGAAAUUUAAGUUUUAAAAAGCAAAACCAAGAGAAUUGCCCAGAAUUAAUUUCAGCAAUUGAGUUAUUACCAGAAUGCUAAACCAAACCUACUAGUGUUCAUGACUGAACACUAGUGUAUUAUGUUCCAUAAGAAUAAAAAGAAAAAAGUCCAUCGUCUGAGCUCACUGUCGGUUUACUAGGUGAUGGACAAAAAAAAGUGCAACUUGUCCCUAUCAUUCCCUUUAAUACGAACAUAGAAGUUGUAUCAUUAUUACUCACUUGGUACUAGUAAAUACGUGGCCUCUGGUUUCUUUCUGUACAUGUUUCUUAUGGAUAAAUGUGGUCUUACAUAAAACAAACCAAAACCUCUAACAAACAGACUCUUGAUAAAGCUUAUGGCCAAGCUGUAUGUGCAGAAGAACUAUUAAAAGAUUGCUAAGCACAAAAACCUUGAAAAGGUAAUUUAAGGUUCUUCUGAGAAAUUUCUGCUCUGCUGCUUCCCAAAAAUGUAUUGAAUUUUAAAUACAUUUGUGUGGUGACUUUCAGUUCUGUAUGAUGUUUUGGGCUCUACUCCAAAUGAAAUUUUUAAAAGGUCAUCAUAUUAUCCUUCAAUAGGUUGUCCAUUGCUGCUUGAUUAGGUCAUUAUCUGCCUUUUAUAUUUACCUGACCAAUUUGACAUUAGCUCAUCUCUUUGCUUGAAAUCUGCUGGGAAAAGUCCUUAUUUUCUUUUUCAUUUUAUUGUAUAUGGGCUAGGGUGGGAUAUUCUGUUAGAGCUCAUAGUUUAUUCACCAAUUUGUACAUUAUUUGUUGUUCUUUACUAUUGUAUACAGUAAAUAUAGUUUGGUACUCUG